AUGCGGGAGAUGAAGUUCUUCCUAGGGCUUCAGGUUGAGCAAAUGCCCGAUGGAAUCUUCAUACACCAGACAAAAUACGUGAAUGAUGUGCUGGACAAAUUCAACAUGUCUGAAUCUACUCCAACAUCAACCCCCCUGGCUCAAAAUCAUGGGAUAUGUCCGGAUGAAAGCGGUGAAAAGGUGGAUGAGAUGCACUAUCGGUCGAUCAUUGGAUCAUUAAUGUAUCUGACUGUGUCAAGACCGGACAUCAUGUAUCCACCUUGCCUCUGCGCCCGAUAUCAGUCAAGUCCGAGACAGUCACACAUGACGAUUGUGAAAAGAAUUUUACGGUAUCUUAAAGGUUGCCUAAGCACCGGCUUGUGGUAUCCUAAAUCUGGUGACUUUUCUCUUACAGGUUAUGCUGAUUCUGACUUAGGGAGCUGUAAGCUUAAUGCAAAGUCCACAACUGCUGGUUGCCAGUUCUUUGGAACUCGGCUUGUCACCUGGCAGUGCAAGAAACAAAGCACAGUCUCCCUCUCAACCUGUGAAGCUGAAUACGUUUCGGCUUCCAGCUAUUGCUCUCAGAUUCUCUGGAUCCAGCAGCAGAUGAGGGACUAUGGUUUGCAGUUCUUGGAUACUCCAAUCUUUGUGGACAAUGAGGCAGCUAUUAACAUUACUAAAAAUCUGCUGCAUAACUCAAAAACAAAACAUAUUGAAAUUUGA